UGACGGUGAGGGAAGGGCUCCUCCAGUAGUUACCCGAUGAUCGUCCCCCCAGUCCUUAUGGCACCCUCCUCAAACCGCUAGCUGGCAGCCCACUAUGCAGAUGCGUACAAAGCAGCCCAUAUUUUGGAUUGGUUCAUCGAUCGUAGCAAUUUCGUGAAGAUGCGAGCCUCUUCGGAGCUGUGAAGCGGCGUGGGAAAGCAAACACAGAAAGCAAACACACGUAGACCCGGUCGGAUCCAACUGCUACAGCCUCGUUGGUACUCUUCAAAGAUGCCUGAGGUCCGGGACCUUUCUGAAGCUUUGCCAGAGAUGCCGAUGGACCCGAUCACUGGAGUUGGAGUGGUAGCCUCCAGGAACAGGGCACCCACAGGAUAUGAUGUGGUUUCUACAACAACAGAUGGCCUGGAUGCUGACCUGUGGAAGGAUGGCCUUUUUAAGUCCAAGGUGACCCGCUACCUCUGCUUCACCAGGGUUUUCUCUAAAGAAAACAGUCAUUUAGGUAAUGUUCUUGUGGACAUGAAGCUGAUUGAUAUAAAGGACACUUUGCCUGUAGGUUUCAUCCCGAUCCAGGAGACCAUUGACACUCAGGAGCAGGCCUUUAGGAAGAGGCGACUCUGCAUCAAGUUUAUUCCUCGAGACUCCACAGAGGCAGCCAUCUGCGACAUCCGCAUCCUGGGACGCUCCAAGCAGGCCCCUCCUCAGUAUACCUUUAUAGGAGAGCUCAACAACAUGGGAAUCUGGUAUCGCAUGGGGAAUGUACCCCGGGCCCAGGACUCCACACAGAUGCCAGCCACCAACAACAUUCAGAAUGUGAACUCCUCCUCCAGCUCAGCCCCGGUCCCCCCAGCUCCGAUGCUCAAGCAUAUUUCCAUGACACUCCCUGCCAGCUUCAGAGGGAAGAACACUACCAGACCAGACUAUGAGCACCAGAACUCCAACCUGUAUGCUAUCUCAGCAAUGGAUGGAGUGCCUUUCAUGAUCUCUGAGAAGUUUGCCUGCGCCUCAUCUGAUCUGCAGCAGGUGGAUCUGAUGGGCAUCACAAUCAAGUCUCUGGCUGACAUAGAGAAAGAGUAUGAUUACAGUUUCCGCACAGAGCACAGUGCAGCAGCUCGCCUCCCUCCCAGUCCAACACGGACCUCCCUGAGCUCCGAGGCCUGAACAUCCUUUCCCUAACAACACUAGUCCCUAUGGACACCAACAAGAGAGACUUGUACACAACUACUGAGAACCUUCCCACAACAAACAGUGAAAUUCACCUCUUCAAGCUAACUGUACUGAGAAGAAAAACAAAAAUGAACAACAAUGAAUUUUCUAACUUCUGGGACAUGUUGUGGUCUCUUUGUGUUUCUGGAAAAGGAAACUGAAACUAUUGGAAGUCAGUGGGUCAAGCAGAAACCACUACAUGCAACAUUGAGGAGUGUGCUUUUAAAAUGACGUGGAGAACACACCUUUUAAGCUCAAGGAACUAUUGAGGAGUCACACUCAUGGUUUUAAAAUGUUUUUUUUAAAGAGAGUCAUUAAGUGUUAUUUCCUUAUAAUACAAAAGGUCAUUAUUCAUCUUAAUAACUUGUUACAUACUAUAUAAAAGGAUUACAAGGGUUCUUUAUUCUGAUGGAGGAUACACAUUAGGGUCUUUGAAGUGACCUUUGUGUGAAAGCAGAUGUCAUAUAUGCCUUUCUUGUUCAUGACAUACCGGCUGCUACCCUCUGAAAGAACCAGGAAGGCAGUUCAAGUGUUAGAAAAUACAAAGGAAGAUAUAGGAUUUUGGAUUAUGUUAUUAAGCUUGUAGUGGUUUUCUUGUUUUGGAAUGAUUGUCAUUGUACUUUAGAUGUUACUGUAAUAUACUGGUGUGACUGUGAGUGCACUUUGUGUUGGGAAUUUAAGCGUGCUUCCUGUUUGCCGAAGACAUUCUGUUAACCACUCUUUCACUUUCUCUGAGCCAGCUGCUUGGAUUACACAUGGAGCCGCUGUUAUUGUUUAAAGGUUGCUAAAGCAGGACACUUGCUACUCUGCUGGACUACACAUACCACUAAUAUGAUUUUUGUCAAUACGUCUGAUGUGUUAAUGGGUUUGGAAUUGAAAUCUGAUUUGGUUCCAAACUAUCACACUAUACCAAACUAAUAACUUAUAACACUCAUCCAGUUCCAACUAUGAAUAUGAACAUUAAACAAAAAGCUCUGAAACAUUUUGGGUGAUUAGUGCAUUUGGUUGGGAAAACAUUUAGGUUUCAUGUCCAGCCCUGAUGACUUUAUAAUGUCCUUAUUCUAUUCACUGUUUGAGGUUACUUUCUGAAGUGUAAUCUAAAGAACAAGAAGAUGUUACAUAUGUUUGUCACAAAAGUGCUCUUGAUUUUAAGAGUGCGUUUGUUACAUGUGGGGGGAGAAAAAAAAACAUGCAUUCAGUUCCUUUUUAUUUUCUCUGCCCUUUCAGACUUGGUGUGUUUUAGUAUUUUUUUUUUUUAGUGUUUUUAUUUGUUAUACACAUUAUGACCACUGAGUUAAUUUCUUAUGAGCGUGAUGGGUUUUCCCCCCCAGAAGGGGUCAGUGCUGAGUCACAUGGCCAUAGGGCUCCUUGGCUCCUUCCCCACCAACAAAACCACUAGAUCAGGCAUGCCAUUUUUUUGUUUUUGUUUUUGGGAAUUGUGCUAGAUUUUCCUUGUAAUAGUGUAAUAGUUUAAACUACCUACCGCAGAUCCAUUUUUUUUUUUUAAUUGUAUUUGACAUUGAUGCAUCAUCCCUCUCAUGUCGAUUGGAUACGACAGUACGAUAAGAGUGAUGUCAUAAUCACAGAUCUUCUGCGCUUCUCUAACAAAAUGCAUUUAUUCUUUGACACUAUUUUUCUUUUUUUUUUUUUCUGUCAGUAAAACUCAACAUUUCUUAAAGAUUUUUCAGAUAAAUUUACUGCCAGCUGCGUAAGUUGAAUAAUUUAAUUUUUAGUGAAAACAUCUUUGCCAGCAUGAAAGAUGUGAAGUGGCUGAACCAAAAUUGUGUGGUUUCGUUUAUUUUUUCCCCAUGUAGUGUGUUAUAGUGGACAUAACUAAAACAAUGAUAACUGGACAACUGUCUUGUUUUAAAUAUAAAACAGACAUGUUUGUGCAUGUCUUGAGCAUGUCUCAGCCUCCAACUUCCCCUGUUCCAUCAGAGGUGUGCGCCCAUUGAUGAACCAUCCACUGUUUCUCCUUUCAAAUUUUAAACAUUUUCCAAUACAAGCCAGCCGGCCACUCUCAGACAUGGUACUUUUCAACACAGAUUUUUGGUUCCUGAAGUCACUCCUUGACUUCUCUUCCCUUUUGAAAGAUGGUGAUCUAUGAUUUGUUUAGAGAAGAGCAGGAAAAUGAGCAGAACAUGACUCUGUUCUGCUCACUUUUAACUGUACAGUGCCCGUAACAAAUGUAAAUUGCAUCAAGGUGCAUUACACAACUGAGAGCCUGAACCCCCCCUUAAUGAUGGAGAGGCCUGCUGGAUAGAGAGAUGUCAUUGUUAUUGGGAAGGAAGUAAGGCUGUGUACAUUUACAUUAUACUAAAUUUACAAUACAAGUCAAUAUUUAUCUUAAAAACUGUCCGUUUAUUUGUUCAGCAAUACAGUGAUGUAUACUCGAGGAUUGUGGGAAAGGUCAAUGAUCCUGUCUUAUUUUGCUGCCAUUUGUUUCACAACACUAAAAUUCAGUAUGUUGUGUUAUUCCGCAAAGUUACCAUGGCAUUAAUUGAUGGAUUCCCUCCCGUUGCUUUGUCUGUGUUUGUCUAAUUUAUUAGUCAUUUCAGUAUUGUGAUCAUGUUGUCUUAAAGGUUUUGUUUUCAAAACUGUAUCAUGAAACUGUCAAAUGCACUGCUGACAUUAUUAAUGGGGAUGAAAAGAUGAAUGGCUCAUGUCCAGGUGAAGCUCUGUGUCUUUAAACUACACAUGUAUCAUUUCUCAGAUGUAGUGUUUGUGUCCAGCCAAUUUCGCUGAAACAUUUAGUAGUUAACUAAUACGGCGUCUGCAUUAACGACUUGUAACAAUCCUGCUUUGUGGUGUCUGUUAGUCUGCAUGCACGGUGACACGAUGAGAUGUCAAAGGUUUCAAUAUGACAGUUAUUUUUAUAGGUUACUGAUCAAAGGUCACAGAUUUUGUCUCAUGAAUAGAUUUUAUUCACUAAAGAACGAACAAAAACAGCAUUUCGUUGAAUUUGUAUUACGAGGAAGUUUUAUUAAACUGUGAUGAGCUGAA